AACAAAAAGCAAUGGAUGACUUAAUUUUGAAGUUACAGGAGAUGUCAAUGAUGAAUGAAGAAUCUCAACUGAUAAUCGAGUCGCUAGAGAUAGUGAAAGAAGAACUCUCAUCACAGAAGGAUUUGCUGGUUAAAGAGCUUAAAUUCUCUCAAGAAAAGUUGCUUGAUGAAGAAAAGCACAGGAAAUCUCUUGAAUUUGAAAUCGUCAAAUUGAAUAAGCUUUUAUCUGACAAUAGAGUGGCCUUUGAGGCUGAAAUGUCCAAAGGAAGAGGCAACCAUACUAAACCAUCAUUUGGAUUAGAAUUUGCUUCGAAUCUAUCCAAGCCAAGUAAACCAAGAGAGUCUGCACUUGGUCAAAAAGCCACCAUUGCCAAAAUUUUUGAGGAAGUUGGCCUUUCAAAAAUACUGUCUCUAUUAAAGUCAGAAGAUUUGGAUGUGCAAACCCAUGCUGUCAAGGUGGUUGCUAAUCUUGCUGCCGAAGGGCUUAAUCAAGAUCUGAUUAUUUGUAAAGGGGGAGCUCGCCUUUUAGCAAAUAUGUCUUCUCAAUCAGAUGAUCCACAAACUCUUCGGAUGGUUGCUGGAGCAAUAGCAAAUUUGUGUGGAAAUGAAAGGCUGCACUUGUUGCUAAAAGAAGAUGGCGGCAUUAAAGCACUUUUGGCUAUGGGCAGAUCUAUGCACAUCAAUGUCAUAUCUCAAGUUGCUCGAGGAAUUGCAAAUUUUGCAAAAUGUGAGUCUCGCAGUAUUAAUUUAGGACAUUGGAACGGAAGGUCUCUUCUUAUUGAGGAUGGGGCACUUAAUUGGCUGGUCGCUAACUGUUCAGUAUAUGCUGAUUCAACAAGACAUCACAUGGAACUGGCGUUGUGUCAUUUGGCUCAAAAUGAGGAAAAUGCUCUUGAUGUCAUUCAGAGUGGAGGAAUCAAGGAGCUUCUUCGCAUAUCAAAGGAGUCUUCAAGAGAAGAUAUUUGUAAACUUGCAAAGAAGGCAUUGAAGUCAAAUUCUGCAUUUUUGGUGGAGCUACAGCAGUCAUGAAAACAUAAUCAUAUCUUUUAAAAAUAAGUUAAAUAAAUAUAAAAGAAAAUUGGGUCUGUAGCUUCUAAUGAAAAACUUCAGUCUUCAAGUGUAGUUACUGUUACAAAAAUCAUAUGAUUAGUCACUGUUGAGUAAACUAAGAAUUUGAUUAAAGAGCUCCUGACCCAUUUUUUUCUGCAUAAUUUGCAGCCAAUCUGUUUUAUUUGUAACUUAUUGUUUCAACAUGUUA